AUGGCUUCCAGACAAGCAGCAGGAGCCCGCCCGGGCGCAAGGUUCGCCCAGUUCAAGCUCGUCCUUCUCGGAGAGUCCGCCGUUGGAAAGAGUUCGUUAGUCCUCAGAUUUGUCAAAGACCAAUUCGAUGAUUACCGCGAGUCGACAAUCGGAGCCGCCUUCCUGACACAGACAAUCUCCCUUGAUGAUACCACUACGGUCAAGUUCGAAAUCUGGGAUACCGCUGGCCAGGAACGGUAUAAGUCCUUGGCUCCGAUGUACUAUCGGAAUGCCAACUGCGCUGUGGUCGUCUAUGACAUCACCCAAGCUUCCUCGUUAGACAAAGCCAAGUCUUGGGUGAAGGAACUUCAGCGCCAAGCUAAUGAGAACAUUGUGAUCGCACUGGCUGGCAACAAGCUUGAUCUUGUCACAGAUGACCCCUCUAAGCGGGCGAUCUCAGAGGCUGAUGCCGAGGCUUACGCACGCGAAGCGGGUCUGCUGUUCUUCGAAACAUCCGCCAAAUCCUCAACGAACGUGAAGGAACUUUUCACCGCCAUCGCCAAGAAGCUGCCUCUGGAGUCAGCUGGCCCUCGGAACGCGCGGGCAGCUCCUCGACCCGGUGUCGACCUGCGACCUGAGGCUCCUGGGACUCAAGGUGCUGGUGCAUGCAACUGCUAA